GUUACAUUUCAGAUACGUAUGAGCUUUAUAGAUCAAGUCACGUGCAAGGGUGUGAAAACACGUGUGAACGCUUGAUGGUCAGACAUACCACCCGUGACGGUUUUAUAACUUACUAUUGAUUAUCAGAUCAGAGAGGCGGUUACUUUGAGAAAAAGCAGGUAAUGACAUAGACCUUCCAGACAUGUCAUCCAAACAGAACGGAGUACACGCCGUGGAAAUCUCUCGGUCGGGUGCCAUGGAGACGAGGGGCUCAGUGAUUUCUGGACAGAAUGUGGUCUACUCUGUGGACGUCAGGAAGGGGGCAUGCUGCUGUGGACAGGUCACCCAAAAAGAGAUUCUGAAGGGGGUGGAUUGCAUAUUUAAACCUGGUAUGAAUGCUAUUCUUGGACCAACAGGAAGUGGGAAGUCUUCAUUACUUGAUGUCCUAGCCGGCAGAAAGGAUCCUAGCGGCCUCAAAGGAGAAAUUCUGUUCGAUGGAGUACCUCCUCCUGAUAAUUUCAAGUGCAUGGUGGGAUAUGUUGUGCAGGAUGACGUUGUAAUGGGAACUCUUACAGUGCGUGAAAAUUUUGAAUUUUCUGCCUCCCUCCGCCUUCCAUCAAAACUGUCUAGAAGAGAGAGGAACGAGCGAGUAGAUACCGUGAUACAAGAGCUUGGACUCGGACACUGCGCAGACACAAAGGUAGGGAAUGAGUUUAUCCGGGGAGUGUCCGGAGGAGAGCGUAAAAGGACCAACAUUGGGAUGGAGUUGAUCAUCUCCCCUCCUGUCCUGUUCCUGGAUGAACCAACCACAGGGCUAGACGCAAACACAGCCAACUCUGUCAUGAUGUUAUUGAAGAGACUAGCUAUUAAGGGGCGGACCAUCAUUUUCUCUAUCCAUCAGCCCCGCUACUCCAUAUACCGCCUGUUUGACGGCCUGAUGAUGCUUUCUAUGGGGGAGGUGGUAUACCAUGGCCCCACCAAAGAGGCACUGCCCUUCUUCAAGUCUAUCGGCUAUACAAUCCAAGAAAACAACAAUCCACCAGAUUUCUUCCUCGAUGUAAUCAGUGGAGAUUUCCACGUGGAUGUGGAAACACUUGACCCCGAGAAAACCAGCACAGAUGAAGACAACAUCCAUGAUUCCCUGGUCCAGAGUUACCAGAAUUCUAACGUCUGUCAACAAAUACAAAUGGAGGUUAAAGCUAUCUUUGACGAGUACCAGAGAAAAGUUUCUCAGAAUGAGGUGGUGCGGUUACCUCCCAUCCAAUACAACACAUCCUUCUUCACCCAGCUGGUGAUAUGUUCAGGAAGAACAAUCAAAAACAUUCUCAGGAAUCCCCAGACGUCAGUGAUGCAGCUAUUCGUGAUUCUGAUAUUUGCUGCAAUCGUAGGAGCAAUCUACUGGCAAAUAGAUGAUGACUGCGAGUCAGGAAUUCAAAACAGAGUGGGUGCUUUCUUCUUCAUCGUCAUGAACCAAGUGUUUGGGAAUUUGUCAGCUGUGGAGCUCUUCAUUAAAGAGAGGGCCAUUUUCAUGCAUGAAAAUGUAAGCGGCUUUUACAGAGUGUCUGCAUACUUCUUCUCUAAGAUUUUCUGUGAUGUCAUUCCAAUGCGACUAUUCCCUGUGGUCAUCUUCUCAGUUGUAACUUACUAUAUGAUUGGUUUUGAGGCGGGAGCAGACAAACUUUUCAUCUACAUGCUUGGUCUCUUCUCUGUUGCCAUGGCAGCCUCUGGUUUGGCCUUUUUCUUUAGUGCACUGGUCAAGAUCUUUGCCAUUGCCAACCUUUGUAUCGCCCUGUGCUAUGUAUUCAUGAUGGUAUUUAGUGGUCUCCUAAUCAACAUUGCCAGCAUCGCUGAAUGGCUACGCUGGAUCAAAUGGAUCAGUAUCUUCAGAUACGGCCUCAAUGCUUUGAGCAUCAAUGAACUGAAAGACAAGCAGUUUUACAAUGGAACAGACGUCAAUGGAACACUGCAGUUGUGCCGUGAAUCUGGGAAUGCCUAUCUGGAAGCACAAGGCAUUGAGUACACGACGGACUUUGAUCUGUGGCAAAACAUCAUGGCUCUACUUGUCUUUGCCACAUUCUUUCUGGUGCUGACCUUUAUACGCCUUCUGACAAUGAACAAGUUGAGAUGAGAACAUUUAAGUUCAACAAAGGAAUGUCAAAUUGAAAACAACACAUGCACAGUGGGCUCAGGAAAUCCUUGCCAAUUCUUUUUGCCAAAACUUAGUUUCAAUCUGAUUUAUAUGUAGUUUUACCAUUACAAUUCCCAGGUCUUAGAUAUUUGUUAAUGAUUGUCAGAUAAUUUUUUUUAAUUUUUAGAGUUAAGUUUGUCAUCUGUUUUUAGUUCUGCAUUCAUCUACCAAUCUCCAUAUAUUCUAGACCUGUUGAAGACAAAAGUCAAAUUACAAUAGAAUUAGACAGGGAGUCUUCUACCAUUCCUGUUUAAAUAAACAAUAGUCAUAGUCAAAUAAUGAUAAUAUUAGACAGGGAGUCUUGUAUAUUCCUGUAUUAAUAGACAAUAGUUUAAAAAUGUAUAAAUUCAGUAGUCAAAUAAUGAUACCAUGAGACAGGGAGUCUUCUAUUUUUCCUGUAAUAGGCAAUAGUCUAAUAUUGUAUACAUUCAAUAGUCAAAUAAUGAUAACAUGAGACAGGGAGUCUUUUAUUAUUCCUGUAAUAGACAAUAGUCUAAUAAUGUAUACAUUCAAUAGUCAAAUAAUGAUAACAUGAGACAGGGAGUCUUUUGUUUUUCCUGUAAUAGACAAUAGUCUUAUAUUGUAUACAUUCAAUAGUCAAAUAAUGAUAACAUUAGACAGGGAGUCUUUUAUCAUUCCUAUAAUAGACGAUAUAAUACUUUCAUAUUAAAUACUGAAAUCUGAUUGGUUUAGACACAGUUGAUAAUCCUUUCUAUUACCCUCAGCGUUAGCAACACACUUGGCAACGGGUAACACAAUGAAUUGUUACAUGUGCGUAAAUUAUGCGCAUACGCUUCGCCGUAGAAUUCCCUCAUUUCUAUAUAAAAGCAAUAAAAUUUUCUCUAAAAUUAAGACAUUCAGUAUAAUAAUUAAAUAGUGCUUUUUUUUUGGGGGGGGGGGGGUGUUACAAUUGAAUUUGACAUCCCUCGAAAAGCAUUGUCAUCCACCGCUUCGCGUCGGUUGACAAUGGGUUUUCUCGGGGUGUCAAUUGCAGGAAGUCUUCUAACAUUCCGAAUCCGUGAUUUACAUUUAAACCAUUGCUUGUUAUUUGUUGUCUGAUUACGGGAGCUCAUUUCAACUAUUACAUAAAACAUUCUAAAACCGAAGGUUGCCAAAAUAUCCAAAAUGGCAUUUCUGGAUUACAAACAAACUAUAGGACCAUUGUGUAAGUGAAACAAACGAAUACAUGUAGUUUUAAUUGUCUCCUUUGUUCUUUGUUGGGUUUGAGUUGUCAAACCGGACCCUGUUUAUUUUGUAAUCUUCAAAUCUACAGUUAAAACUUGGAUUUAGCAAAUUGGAAGACCUGUUUCAGAAAUGAAAAGUUCUCCAGUACUCUAUAUAUAAUAUUAUGGUGUUACUUAAGCAAGUUCUGUAUCUCCAUACAUAAUGUGAUACCAGUAGUCUUUUAUAACAACAGUUAUUCAGUUUAUUUUGAUUUGACCUUGGGUUGUUUUAACCCUCUGUUUGGUAAAUGCCAGUAUAUAUACCCAAUCAGAGUAAAUAUUGUAUGAUGUACCGUAAAACCCCGUGAUUAUUGUAAUUGAUAACUCCAUGAUGAUCACAUGGAUCAUUUAAGCUUUAUUGUUUUUUUUAUUCGUUUAUUGCUAAUAAACAAUGUUUGACA